AUGCAGGCCGACUCAUCCUCCUCGACCCCCUCUGUGGCUUUCUCUCAUGCGAACGCUACCGCGGCCCGUCAAGGAGUCAAUGACGUCCUGGAGCUGUUACGCUCGAUGAAUCUCACCGAUGAUGUCAAGUUGCAGGUUGCUGGUUGUCUCAACAACGAGGUCUCUACAGAUACCCACCUCGCUCGAACUCCUGACUCCCUCCCCGAUCUUAUAGAGUACCACGGUUCUCCCAUCUCUUUGAGCGACGGGUCUAUCGACGAAGGCACUCUCGAUGAUGCCGUCUCUGACGCGGAGGGACUCGAAGCUCCCCCGGACUCAACUACCGAUGAGGAGUCGCCAGUGGCAGGCAUCGCUGCCACUACCGUGCUGCAUGCGGCUGCUCCUGCUCCCGUGGCUGCAGUUGCUCCUGCUCCUGUGGCUGCAGUUGCUCCUGCUCCCGUGGCUGCGGUUUCUCCCGCACCUGCUGCUUUGCAGUUUCUGCUCGCUCCUCCGUUGCCUACGCCCGAAUCAGUGGCAGCCUUGGAGGCUGGCCUUGUACCUUCUCUGGAGCCCGGUUCCACUCCGGGGAUAGCAGCCGAUGGGCUUCCCAUGCUGAGCCCUACUCUGGCUGAGCUCGUGAUGCCUCAGUGGGGUGGCAAGCGCAUUGCUCCCGGUGUGGUGAUCCCAGCUGGGCUCCUCCCGGCCGGCCAUCGUGAGGUUUACCUCCCCGAAGGUGUGCUCGUUAUCCCUGGAAAUGAUGUGCCGGCUCCCUACUACGUGGUCACAGUUGGGCGUCUUGUAGGGCUUAUUGCAAGCUGGAGCAGGGCUGCGCCGCUUGUCAAUGGAGUGCACUGUGUUACUUUCCAUAGAAUUGACAACCUUGCAUUUGGCCUUCAGCUAGUAGCGGGAGCCGUUCGUUCAGGAACAGGCAUUAUGAUGCCGUGAU